AUGGCAGCUUCCCAGUCCUUUGGCCAUCCUCAUGGCAUUUCACUAGACCCUCUCCAGCCUGUCCAUCUUCUCUGUACAGCAGGAACUGAAAUUGAACACAGAUGUGACCUGACAAGCUCGAUUUGGCACAAUGACUUCUUUAUCCCUGCUGGUGAUGUCUGGCUGAUGGAACCUGUUGGCUUUGACACAGCAGCAGAUUUAAACAAGCCACAAAUAAUCCUGUACCUACCACGGUCUCAGGCACAAAUCUUGGCUUUGCCAGCUGCACCGGGAGCUCAGAAAUCCCCUGUGCCCUGGGCUCUGUCCAAAGCUCCAGGAACAGCAGGUGAGGAAGGGAAUUCUGCCCCUCUGCUCAGGCUAUUCUAUGAUCCUACGAUACACCUGCGGUGCGGACACAUCCCCCGCCCCGUGACUCCUCACCAGACCUUCCACGAGAUUAACCAAGCGCGCACCGCAGCUACAACCCGCCAGGACGCCUUCGGCCCCCACACCCGCUCCGUGCCCGAUCCCAGCGACGCAGCCCCGGCUUCGCUCGUCUCACACCGACCGUGCCCGGCGCCGGCAGGGAGGAGCCCCGGGUCCGCUCCGCUCACACCCACCGUGCCCGGCGCCCGCAGGGAGGAGCCCCGGGUCCGCUCCGCUCACACCGACCGUGCCCGGCGCCGGCAGGGAGGAGCCCCGGGUCCGCUCCGCUCACACCCACCGUGCCCGGCGCCCGCAGGGAGGAGCCCCGAUGCCGCCCCGCUCACACCGGCCGUGCCCGGCGCUGCUCGCACGCCGCCCUCACCGCACGGCCCCUUCCGGCGGCGCUACGGCGGCCGCGGCGGGACACACGGGGCUCCCCGGGCGCAGGCGCGGAGGGGCGCGGAGGCCGGGCCGAUGCGGGGCCUGGCGCGGCCGGCGCUGCGGGCGCGAUGGUGCCGCUCGCUCUGGGCGCUGCCGGCAAGGGCCGCCGCCAACGCCGCUUCUUCGCCUCCUCCUCCUCUCGCCGGAGCCUCGCCGGGCGCGUUGAACCCGUUCGACCGGCGGCUGAAGCGGAAGCAAAAGAACUGGGCGGCGCUGCAGGCCGAGCCCGCCAAGUGCGAUUACCUGCGGGAGGAGGUCGGCGGCAGGAUCGCGGACCGGGUGUUUGACAUCACCAGAACAUUUCCUCUGGCUUUGGAUGUUGGCUCUGGAAGAGGUUACAUAGCUCAGCACUUAACCAAGGAAACAGUUGAAAAACUUAUUCAAGUUGAUAUUGCAGAGAAUGCUUUAAAAAAUGCUAUAGAAUCUGAAAUCCCAACGAUCAAGGUUGUAGCUGAUGAGGAAUUCCUUCCUUUCAAAGAAGAUACAUUUGAUCUUGUUGUCAGCAGCUUAAGUUUGCAUUGGGUGAAUGACCUUCCUAAAGCUUUCAAAGAGAUCCACCAGGUGCUGAAGCCCGAUGGAGUGUUCAUUGGAGCCAUGUUUGGGGGGGACACCCUGUACGAGCUGCGCUGCUCCCUGCAGCUGGCUGAGCUGGAGAGGGAAGGGGGCUUCUCUCCUCACGUGUCACCCUUCACUGCUGUUGCUGAUCUGGGACAUCUCCUCUCCAGGGCUGGCUUUAACACCCUCACUGUGGAUACUGAUGAAAUCCAAGUGAACUACCCAGGGUUAUUUGAGGUUAUGGAAGACUUACAAGGUAUGGGGGAGAGUAAUUGCUCUUGGAAUAGAAAGCCUCUGCUGCACAGGGAGACAAUGCUGGCAGCUGCUGCAAUAUACCAAGAAAUGUAUGGGAACAGCAAUGGCUCUGUACCUGCCACCUUUCAGAUCUACUACAUGAUUGGCUGGAAAUACCACGAGUCACAGGCAAAACCAGCCCAGCGAGGUUCUGCAACAGUUUCAUUUGGAGAUCUGGCAAAAAUAGAAGGACUUCUUAAAAGAGGAAAAAAAUAAUUGUUCUUCAGAAAUAAUAAUGGUCUUGAAACUUCUGUAAAAGUUUUAAUUGCA